AUGAGCGGCGGCGCGCCUUCAGGGGGCGGCCCUGGGGGCUCGGGCCGGGCGCGGACCAGCUCGUUCGCGGAGCCAGGCGGCGGAGGCGGCGGCGGCGGCGGCGGCCCCGGGGGCUCGGCCUCCGGCCCGGGCGGCAGCGGCGGUGGGAAGGCGUCAGUCGGAGCCAUGGGUGGGGGCGUGGGGGCCUCGAGCUCCGGGGGCGGCCCCACCGGCAGCGGCGGAGGAGGCAGCGGCGGCCCGGGUGCGGGCACUAGCUUCCCGCCGCCGGGAGUGAAGCUGGGCCGUGACAGCGGGAAGGUGACCACAGUGGUAGCCACUCUAGGCCAAGGCCCGGAGCGCUCCCAGGAGGUGGCUUACACAGACAUCAAAGUGAUUGGCAAUGGCUCAUUUGGGGUCGUGUACCAGGCACGGCUGGCUGAGACCAGGGAACUGGUGGCCAUCAAGAAGGUUCUCCAGGACAAAAGGUUCAAGAACCGAGAGCUGCAGAUUAUGCGUAAGCUGGACCACUGCAAUAUUGUAAGGCUGAGAUACUUCUUCUACUCCAGUGGGGAGAAGAAAGAUGAGCUUUAUCUAAAUCUGGUGCUGGAAUACGUGCCCGAGACAGUGUACCGGGUGGCCCGCCAUUUCACCAAGGCCAAGUUGACCAUCCCUAUCAUCUAUGUCAAGGUGUACAUGUACCAGCUCUUCCGGAGCUUGGCCUACAUCCACUCCCAGGGGGUGUGUCACCGUGACAUCAAGCCCCAGAACCUGCUGGUGGACCCUGACACAGCUGUCCUCAAGCUCUGCGAUUUUGGCAGUGCAAAGCAGUUGGUCCGGGGGGAGCCCAACGUCUCCUACAUCUGUUCUCGCUACUACAGGGCCCCGGAGCUGAUCUUCGGAGCCACUGAUUACACCUCGUCCAUUGAUGUGUGGUCAGCUGGCUGCGUCCUGGCCGAGCUCCUCCUGGGCCAGCCCAUCUUCCCUGGGGACAGCGGGGUAGAUCAGCUGGUGGAGAUCAUCAAGGUGCUGGGUACACCAACCCGGGAACAGAUCCGAGAGAUGAACCCUAACUACACGGAGUUCAAGUUUCCCCAGAUUAAAGCUCACCCCUGGACAAAGGUGUUCAAAUCUCGAACGCCGCCAGAGGCCAUUGCACUCUGCUCUAGCCUGCUGGAGUACACACCGUCCUCGAGGCUCUCCCCUCUGGAAGCCUGCGCCCACAGCUUCUUUGAUGAACUGCGAUGUCACGGAACCCAGCUCCCCAACAACCGCCCGCUUCCCCCCCUCUUCAACUUCAGUCCUGGAGAACUCUCCAUCCAGCCAUCUCUCAACGCCAUUCUCAUCCCUCCUCACUUGAGGUCCCCAGCGGGCACUGCCUCCCUCACUCCAUCCUCACAAGCUUUAAGUGAGGCUCAGACCGGCCCAGACUGGCAGACGACCGAUGCCACGGCUCCCCUUACUAACUCUUCCUGAGGGCCCCUCCCAUCACCCUUCCAUCUGGGAGCCCCUGGUGGGGCUGGGAAGGGGGACCAUAGCCCAUCAAGUUCCUGACCUGGCUGGGCCCCUAGACUAGAGGGCAGAGGUAAAUGAGUCCCUGUCCCUACCUCCAGUCCCUCCCUCACCAGCCUCACCCAGUGGUGGGCUUUUUAAGAGGAUUUUAACUGGUUGUGGGGAGGGAAGAGUAGGAAGGACGGGGGGUUGGAGGCAUGAGGACCUCCUACCCCCUUGGCCCCCUCCCUUCCUCCCAGGCCUACACUCCUCCAACCCCUCCUCCCCUCCUGUGUCCCUUGUAAAUAGAACCAGACCGGCCCGUCUAUUCCUCUUCCCUUCCCUUCCCCCCCCCCCCCCCCCCCCCCGGGUGUAAAUAGAUUGUUAUAAUUUUUUUCUUAAAGAAAACGUCGAUUCACACCGUCCAACCUGGCCCAUCCCCCUUCUACAGCUGUGUUCCCCCUCCUGUCCUCUGCCCCUGAGGUCUCCUCCCUCCUCUCCCCACCCUGGAGGGCUGAGGGCGUGGGGGUGGGGGAGCUCCUGAUGUCUUGGUUUCCACAGUAAGGUUUGCCUGUGUACAGACCUCCGUUCAAUAAAUUAUUGGCAUGAAAACCUG